GAUGGCCCAUGUCUCGGUCUAUCAGUGACACACUUUCAAACCUCACGAAUUUACACUCAUACCCUCCACCGAAUCCUAGCCGUUAGGCUCGUUACGACCCUUUCUAUCCUUGAAUGGCUCCACAACUCUCAGUCAUUUUGUAAAAACCUUGAGGUCUUUUAAGUCAAUUCGCUCCUGUCACUAGGCCGCUUCCCCUCCACAGUGAACUGAAAUCGGAGAAACGACAUUACUCUUUUUUGGCAAGGGUUGGGAAUCGAAUUUGGGUACACCACCAAGGUGGUGGGUUGUUGGCAGAAACCACAUUACUACUACGCUUCUAUCUGCGUUUUUUGAGCUUCAAUUUUCUUCUAUUGAGUUUCGGUACGGACCAUUUGAGGAUGGCGGCGUCUUCUUCGUCGGAUCUUGGGAUGAAGCCGGAAGUUGGCAGUGGCGGUGGAGGUGGGGGAGAGAGCUCGGAGGCGAUGGUAGCUAAUGACCAGCUGUUGCUGUACAGGGGUUUGAAGAAAGCGAAGAAAGAGAGGGGUUGUACUGCCAAAGAGCGCAUCAGCAAGAUGCCUCCCUGUACCGCCGGCAAGCGCAGCUCCAUCUACCGUGGCGUAACCAGGCAUAGAUGGACUGGUCGUUAUGAAGCUCACCUUUGGGAUAAAAGUACAUGGAACCAGAAUCAGAACAAGAAAGGAAAGCAAGUAUACUUGGGGGCAUAUGAUGAUGAAGAGGCUGCAGCUAGAGUUUAUGAUCUUGCUGCCUUAAAAUAUUGGGGUCCCGGGACAGUCAUCAACUUUCCUGUUACUGAUUAUACAAGAGAUCUUGAAGAAAUGCAGAAUGUCUCAAGAGAGGAUUACCUUGCAUCUCUUCGAAGAAAAAGUAGUGGUUUCUCAAGGGGUCUUUCCAAAUACCGUGGGCUUUCAAGCAGAUGGGAUACAUCUUUUGGUCGUAUGGCUGGAUCUGAAUAUUUCAACAACAUCCAUUAUGGUGCAGGUGAUGAUACAACAGAAGGUGAAUAUGUUGGCAGUUUUUGCAUUGAUAAAAAGAUUGAUUUAACAAGUUACAUCAAAUGGUGGGCCUCCAACAAAUCUUGUCAAGCAGAAUCUACAUCAAAGUCCUCAGGAGAAACAAAACAUGGUUGUGAUGAAGAUAUUGAUAGUGAACUUAAAAUAUCAGAAUGGGGAGUUCAGUCUACCGAGCCAUACCAGAUGCCUCAUUUGGGCAUGUCUGUUGAAGGGAAAAGGCAUAAAGGUUCCACGGUCUCUGCCUUGAGCACUUUGUCUCGGUCAGCUGCUUUCAAGAGCUUGCAAGAUAAAGCAUCAAAUAAGCAAGACAAAACUGAUGAGAAUGAAAACAAGAAUACUGUCAACAAAAUGGACUAUGGAAAGGCAAUUGAAAAAUCCACAAUGCAAGAUGCUGGCAACGAGAGACUUGGACGUGCAUUAGGAAUGGGUGAGGGAUUGUCUCACCAGAGAAAUGUGUAUCAAUUGACUCCUUUCUUGUCAGCUCCACUUCUGACCACGUAUAAUACACUUGAUCCCUUGGUAGAUCCCAACAUCCUUUGGGCGUCCCUUGUUCUGGUUCCACCAGCUGGACUUUCUCGUAAUCCUGAGGUUAUGAAGACAGAAACUAGUUCAACUUAUACUUUUUUCCAGCCAGAGGAAUGAUAGCGUACACCUUGUUUGGAUGACUUUAGAUUAUGUUUCUAUUGAAUCUCAUGAUUGUGAGUGGUGUGGUUGGCUUCUUGGGCAAUGGAGGGCAAUCACAUAGAUGGUAUAAGAAAAAUAUAGGUUUCUUUGUAAGCUGGACAAGUUGAUGGAAUACAAUUGAUACCUCUGCAUUAUGACA